UCCUGGAAAAACAAAAGACAAACAAACAAAAUGAAAACAAUCUUUAAAAGCACGAAUGCGCUGCUUUCACUUUUUCAUAUUCAGCUUCAUGAGCCAAAUGUUCUGCAGAUUCAAACAACAUUCAUAAGCUGUGCUUUCGGGAAAAAUAAACUCUGGUCGUUUUUGUGUUUCGUGGCUAGCCAGAGUUUAAAGACAUUUCAAUAGAUUAAAUUAGACCCGAGGGUGGCUUUAGGCAUCAUGAUGUCAUGUUUCUGCCUUCUGAAGUGGCACAUUUUGGCCUCUCAGGCCUUGGUUUAGUUGUGUUGGACUAUGUUCAGUCACAUUAAGACUGAAAUGAAUGAUAAUUAGUUCAGUUCAAUCACAUUUUGACCGUUAUGAGUGCUACAUAAUGUUAUGACAAACUGGCAGUACAUGUUUUUAUUAAAAGUGAAGCUGUAUGUCUUUCCAGGUGGCUCACAUGACAUAUUGGCCACGAGCACUUAAAGAAUUAGUCUGACUGAUGGGCCUAAAGGUGACCGAGCCCUCCAACUUUACAAACCCGUGCAGCAUCUAUUGUGUCAGGAAUUUCCAGCCAAGGACCCACCAAACCACAGUGAACUUUUCACAUUUUCUCCUCAGCGUGAGCCAGCAUGCGAGGUCAUCUUAGAAGACCAAUAAGACACCCCCCCGCUACUUAAGAGCACCUCUAUUUAUUUUCAUUUUUUCUCCCAUGGCACUGUGCAGCCCCAGGUAACUGCCACUGACCCCAGAGCGAACCAAAGCUAUGCAUGGUGUGCAUGGCAGGUGGUGUGACUCUGGGUGGAGAUGUGGAGGUAGGAGAUAGGCUUUGGUUAGUGGUAACAUAAUUCCUCCAAUAAGAAGAAAUAGAAGAACCACACUUCCUGUCCUUUUUGAAAACCUCCCUUUUGAGUCCAGUGUGUCUUCACUGCUGGGUUCAAUGAAACUUAACUUUCCUGCAUGAGGAUGUUUGGUCUUUGAGUCAAGCAGAAGAAAAAGGUCACUGCUUCUUUCACGGGGAUUCUGAAUGUCAAAUAUUAAUCCUGAAUUGAUUUUAUUUUCACUCUAUUUUCACCAAAGAUAAAUCGCCAAAGUUCAGAGAAAUUCUCGGUGACUUCUCACUGACCAAAAACCAGUGGUUUUGUUUGAUUUAUGAGCAAGAUUUGGAUUUUAUACUUUUGUCCCAGUUGAAAAGAAAUACCAUAAUCACUCAUGUCUUUAUUUUUAUUUUCAUUUUUAUUUUUAUUUUUUUCCCAAAACGUUAAUUUCAUAAAUCUUACUAAUCUACAGCUUGCGGUUGAAAAGUAUCGAACAUUAGAUUCCCAUUAAACAAAAUAACGAAUUGAAUUGUUUUAUUCGGUGCAGCCCAACCCAAGUUUAAUUAAUAGUUAUGUAGACAUAGGCUACUGGAUAGCGAAAAAUAGAUCUUGUCUCAAAGGAACUGGAUAUCGAAUGAUUUUCUUUCUUUCUUUUUCUUUUUCUUUUUUUGGUCAAACAAUAUUUGUCAAAAUGUCAGGACUUUAAAAUCCCUUAAAUUAAAAUCCGAUGUGCUGCGAUUUACGUCUGAAGCACGCGCACGUGUUAAUAACGAUUAAAUUGUAUAAUUUCGGAUUAAUGCCAUUUCUGCUAUCUCUUAAAAAUGAAAAUAAAAUUGGAUUUGGAUCGUUCUUUUCUAGAUGUGUGAUGUAUUCACCAACACAUUUUCUUUAAGAAGCCAAUGCCUUUCUUGAACUAAAAAACAAAAAUAAUUUCCGUCCCAGUUUUUCCUAUUAAAUUGGAAACAUUUAUUCGCUUUUCUGGACAAAUUUGUAAAUGUUGAAUUAGUGACAUAACGCCUUCAGAGGCUUGAAGUAGAAUAUUUCAAGAAAUCUCCAGUAAAUAAAAAAAUACCGAGUAUAAAUCAGUUCGCCCAACAUAAAGGUCGCAGAAUAAACAUUAUAAAAUAAAAUUAAGUGCAUAGAUGUUUAUUUUCCACACAUCUUUAAAGUGAAUUUUAGAGUAUUUUAUUCCGGUACCAUACAGGUUAAACUGCCUGAAAACUAAAUGAAUGAGUAUCAGAGAGCUGCGACCUCUUUGACAGUGUCCAAAGACUCAGAUUAAAUCCCAUUUGUAGUCACAACUUGUAGCCGUAGAUAAAUGAUUGCCUCGUUUUGGAUGUCUAAACAUGCUGUAAAUUAAAGUCAGUUUCGAUUGUUUCCUCUCAGAGUCGUUGUGGGUCUAGAAUCACUGCUCUUUGGUUUGGAUUCGGGGCGUGGGAGGAGUUGGGUGCUGUUUCAUAUUCAGAGAGGAGGGGGGCUCUUUAAGGAUCUCGUUCUCUUUGGGGCUAUAAAAACGUUGUGCCUUCAAGACAGAGCAAAUUAACUCCAUUGGCAAAUUAUUGCAUUACAAAGCAUCGCUCCUCUAAUCGGUGCGCGACGGCGAUUAUAGUUUCUCUUUUUUAAUGGUGACAUUUGACUAAAGCGAGCGGAUUUCGGUUAAGAUGAUGGAGUAUAUGGAGGAUAAGUUUGCCUUGAAGAGUCAAGCGAUGAAGGCCAGCGAUUACUACAUGGACCAAGUCAUGGAGAGUCUGGACAGCGCGCAGUACUUCACCAAGUCCUCCCCGAAAUGCGGGCAGGCCUACGGGCUUCAGAGCGGCGAACAUCGCUCUUCGCCCUGCGGAGACCAAAACGCCAGUUACGGUGUGCCAAAAACAGACGACGACACUUUGCACUCGGACCUCGGGAGGUCGAUGGACAAUUGUUGCACUCUGCGGGCGUCUCCGGUGACAACCGGGCAGGAGAAAACGGAUCUGGACGACAUGGGGGACAAGUGCGACAGUAACGUGUCCAGCAGCAAGAAGAGGAGACACCGGACAACCUUCACCAGCGCGCAGCUGGAGGAGCUGGAGAAAGUGUUUCAGAAAACUCACUAUCCAGAUGUUUAUGUGAGGGAACAGCUGGCCAUGAGGACGGAAUUAACAGAGGCCAGAGUGCAGGUGUGGUUUCAAAACAGAAGAGCGAAGUGGAGGAAAAGAGAGCGCUACGGGCAGAUCCAACAAGCCAAAACUCACUUUGCAGCCACCUACGAUCUGUCAGUGUUACCGAGGACCGACAGCUACACACAGAUCUCCAACAACCUGUGGCCGAGCCCGGCUUCUGGUGGCUCUGUGGUCUCCUCCUGCAUGCUGCCCCGAGGCUCCCCGCCCUGCGUCACUUCAUACUCGCACUCUCCCCGCUCGGCCGCCGGUGCCGCUGACCACGGCUACAUGGGCUUUCCCAAUCAGCAGAACCAGUUUGGGCACGUCUCCCUUAACAACUUCUUCAGCGCAGACUCUCUCCUCACGCCGGCCGCCAACGGGCACCACGCCUUUGAGACCAAGCCUGAGUUAGAGAGGCGUUCGUCCAGCAUCGCUGUGCUGCGCAUGAAGGCCAAGGAGCACACGGCCAACAUCUCCUGGGCCAUGUGAUCAGGGUUGUUGUGCAUGUCUGGAAAGUCUGGAUAAUGUAUGGAAAAAGAUUUUUUAGAAAAUGUGGGGUUUGCUGAAAGAGUCUGAAAUCAUACUCAACAAAAGCUCACAGUCACUCACAGUACAAAUCUAACAAUGUUUUAUCAUCUACAGACUAGAUGUCACUUGACAUGAAAAUCAGCCAUUGACUGAUAUGGCUAAUUUCACAAUCAUACCAAAAUUUGAUCUACUGAGUCAAGAAAAUAGAGUCUGGAUAAAGAAGAUAAUGUGUCAGUGUUUGUGGUUCUCUUCAUAUCCUAAAAGCUGCAAUCCAGUAAGCUCAAGCUCGUAACAAAGAAUUUAAAUAGCCAUAAUGUUGUGUGACAGAUAAUCAGCUGUGUUUCUGGUCUGAGGCAGAUCUGCAGUGCGGCAGACUGAAUGCUGAAUCAAGUUUUCAAAAACCUAGACCUUCAUGUAGCUUAACUAAAGCAAUACAUUCAUAUCAUUCAGACUUUCAGGGUAAUGUCCAGUGCAGUGUUGUACAGUCCACAGACUGUUGUUCUUUCUGGUCAGACCAGACAUUAGAUGAACCCUCAUGAUCUGUGGAGGUCAGAGCUGUGAUGUGAAUAAGCUUUCAUUGUUGUUGUUUUUUAACGGAGGGUCGGGCAGUCCUCAGUGCUUCCUCUUUAUUGAGACAGAAAGAAGUGAAAGGCAGGUGAAGCAAGAAAAAACCAAAGGCUCCAGUGGGAUUUGAUCCCAUUGUGGGUAAAUGUGGACCCUGAGGGAGGGGUCCCAAACCACUACCGCAUUUCUAAGCACUGUGAACAAGCUUUCCUCACCUGCGCUUUCCAUCCUCCUCCCUCGUUCCAGCUCAGGACUGAGGAUCAGCAGCGUGGAGACAAACUGACUUGACAUACUAACGUGUCUGUGUGCUUUGCAGCAAAGCUCUGUAAUCUCUGUCGCCUGCCUCUGUACUGUAUCACAGCUACAUGACGCAGGCAGAGGAGGCAGAUUUUAAUAUUUUGUUUGUGUUAUGAAUUUAUCUGGUGAAAGCAUAAUAAAUGAA